AUCAACCCACCAUCCCCCUCAAAACCCCCAAAGCCGGCCUAAAAUAAUACAGCGGUAUAAUUCAAACACGCGACUCCCAUCGUUGUCCUCGUCGUCGUCUCCGCGGCGACCACCCAACGACACGGCGACCGACGCCGCGCGCGUGGCCGCCGGCCAGCGUCCUCGGGACCGGCGGCCUGCGCCGGCAAUGGUGCUCGACCCCGUCGUCGGGGGCUCGGCCUCCCGCAAGGUCGAGCCCCUAACCCUAGCCCCCCCGCGUGCCAGGGGCCCUCCCCCUCCCCCGCCGAUUCCACCGACGCCGAGGAUGUACCUCGGGGGCCCUCCCCCGCUCCCGCCCCCCGGGACGAUCCCGCCGCGCCCGAUCAUCCUUCGGCUCGAUCCCGCGACCACCGUGCACAUGGACGUGGUCCGGAGCGUCUCCCUCCUCAAGUUUAUCGCGGGUGCGGGGGUUGUGCCCUCGCAGGAAGAGGAACAGAGGAGAGAGGAGGUCGUACGCGAGCUCGACAAGAUAGUGAUGGAUUGGGCGAAGCAGGUGGCUUACGACCAGAGGGAUAAACAUUGGAUCACAACAGGCACGGUGUUGACCUUUGGCUCCUAUGCUUUAGGGGCAUAUGGACCUGAAUCUGAUAUUGACGCAGUCUGUGUUGGUCCUUGCGUUGCAUCACUACAACACCAUUUUUUUGUUGUCCUGCGACAAAUGCUUGAAGAAAGGCCAGAAGUAUCAGACUUGCAUUCUAUUGAAAGUGCUAGGGUUCCAUUGAUGCGCUUUAAAUUCAACGGUGUGUCAGUUGAUUUUCCAUAUGUCCAGCUGCCAGUUAUCAAUGCUGCAGAGGCUAUACGCGCAUUUGAUCCCCGUUUGCUAGAGAAAGUUGAUGGGGCAAGCUGGAGAUGCCUAUCUGGAGUUCGUGUUAAUAGACAGAUCAUGCAAUUAGUUCCAAAUAUGAAGAGGUUUCAAGUUCUGUUGCGGUGCCUUAAACUCUGGGCCAGAAAAAGAGGGAUUUAUUGCCAUCUAGUUGGCUACUUUGCUGGAAUUCACUUGGCGGUUCUUGGAGCAUAUGUUUGCCGCAGACAUCCAAAUGCUAGUGUCAAUACUUUGUUCUCUAUGUUCUUUGACAUAUUUUCUCACUGGCCUUGGCCUCUUCCAGUGGCGUUGCAUGAUCAGGCACCUCUUUGGGGUCCUGAUGGGUGCUCUCUGAUGCCCAUAGUGAUGCCCUGUUUUCCACCAGAAUUUUGUGCCUCUAGUAUAACAAAAAGUACUUUCAACAAGAUCAAAGAAGAACUUAGGCGAGGUUUUGCGUUGACCAAGGAUAUAAGGAAUGUUGAUAUCGACUGGACUUGGAUUUUUGCACCAUAUCCAUAUACUGUAAAAUAUGAGCACUUUCUUCACAUGGUUCUCUCAGCUCCAACAACUGAAGAGUUACGCGAUUGGGUUGGAUGGGUGAAAUCACGCUUCCGAAACCUUAUUCUCAAGCUGGAAAGCCUUGAUGUUGAUUGUGACCCAGAUCCUUCAGAGAAAGUCAAUCAUACUAUUGCUGCGCCAAAUGUUGUAUUCUUCUGGGGUCUCAUCUAUAGGAGUACUAAGAUCUCUGCAAGUUCUCUCAAAAAUGACUUCAUGAAAAGUGUCAUCAACAACAUAUAUGGAAAGGAAAAGUGUGCUCGUUCAGACAUAACAAUGUCUAUUAUUGAGACGAGUCAGCUGCCGAAAAGCAUUUCCGGUGAUUCAGUUUACAAGAAACUGCAGAAUCUGCCACCAUCAAUGCUGGGCUACCAACCGAUGAAGCAGGGAUGCCCAGUUGUUUAAGAUUCUGGUGCCAUCUCAAACUUGUUCUUCACCGUGAAUAUCCAAGAUGAGAAUUGUUAGAAAACUAAUUUUCUUGGGCUGUUGAAGGGCGUUUGCAACAUCAGGUAGAACUUCUUGCGUUUUCUUGGAGGGCUUGUUCAUUCCUUGGUGCAAGGAAUAUGGAAGCGUUUUUGUUGUAGCUGGCUGCUGAGAGAUGGAAAUUAUUCCCUGAAGCUUCUAGGGUGAAGUAUUGUUCAUUCAAGCGGUUUAUUCCUGACCUGAGGCUUGUGCAGGUGUACAUUCAUGUACACAGCAUAGCGAUUGGUAUACAAGUGACAGAGGUAUAGCAACAUAUAGAAAGUGUAUGUAACCUGUAGGUUUAAUGCCCCGUAUCUGACAGCAGAAUGUGUAAAUUGCCUUUUCUGGUCAGCUGUUGCUGGGUACAAAUACAGGGGUUGAUAUGGAAGAGUUGUGGAUGGCCUGCCAUGCCAUCCAUUCUUACUGUUGUAGUCUGCAGAAAACUGCUGCGUGUACUGUUGUCCGAGUGUUCUUAUGUAGCGAACCGUCUUGAGGAAUAAACAUUGUUUUUGUUGUCUACU